AUGGUGUCUUGCCUGGUCGUUCGCUUUGCAAAGGGCGAGUUCUACGAGUACCAGGAGCCGACUAUCGGCGCAGCAUUCAUGACCCAGACGGUGAAUCUGAAUGCAGAGGUCGUGAAGUUUGAGAUUUGGGACACUGCAGGGCAAGAGCGCUACAAGAGCUUGGCGCCCAUGUACUACAGGGGUGCUGCCGCUGCUGUCAUAGUCUUUGACAUCACCGCUAAGGAGUCGUUCGAAGCCGCCAAGGGCUGGGUGCAGGAGCUACAGA